AGUUCACGUACCAGUCAAAGGUCAAGGUGCUUUUUAUAACUUCAGUACGCAUGUUACAACUUCAUACGAGAGGCGGCGUAUGUUAAAGCGUUUCAUUAUCUAUUGCUGCAGAAAAUGGCAAGCAUUGUGAGAAAAAUUGUUAGCACAGCAGCGGCACCAAAGGCUGUUGGUCCUUACAGUCAGGCAGUCAUUGCUGGAGAUACCAUGUACCUGUCAGGUAUGAUUGGUUUUAUACCGACUUCGAUGGAAAUCAUCAGUGGGGGAGCAGCAGCAGAAGCAGAUCAGGCAUUGAAGAACAUUGGAGAGGUCUUGAAGGCAGCUGGCAUCUCUUACAGUAAUGUUGUAAAGACAACAGUUCUGCUGGCAGACAUCAAUGAUUAUGCAGCUGUUAAUGAAAUCUAUUCAAAGUAUUUCAAUGAAGCAAAACCUGCCCGGGCAGCAUAUCAAGUAGCAGCACUUCCAAAAGGAGCAAAGGUGGAAAUCGAAGCUAUAGCUAUCGUAGGAAAAAUCGUGGAGGCACAGUUGUAAUCAUAUGUGCAGAAACACUUGAGGGAAAAAAAUGGAAGUGAUAAUGGAAAUUUUCCAGUAAAAAAGAAUUCCUUUUGUCUUCAGGGUGAGGAGGAUUUAAAGAAUGCAUUUAUUGUCUUCCAUCACACUAUAUCAUAUACAGUUAUGGGUUAUGCAACUUUGCUAAAUUUUGUGUGCCUUCUUAGAGUUGAGAUGGUGGCUGAAACUGAGCAGUUAACAUGUUCAAGGAAAUGUUUUCAUGUGUCUCUGCAGUCAUGCACAGUUUGCAUCUAGAAGGGACAUGAUCAUCAAAUUUUUUAUGGAUAUUUUAUAACUAGUUAGCACUGCAUGGAUUAAACUGUUAAGGUAAAGUUUCUUAGUGAUUAUAAAUAUUUGACAUGAAACAAGGCAUUUCUUAAUAAAUUUGUAAUGUGAAGAUGAAAAUACCUUUAGUCAUCACAUUAUGCAUAUCUGAACAUGUCAGUUUUUAAGAUGCUUUAGCUAGUUAUAGAAUGUAGACAAAUUAUCUCUUAUAAUUAUUUGUUCUUUGCCUCUCACAUUUUCUUUUUCAAAAAAAUGCAUUUGAAGGUGUAUAUAAACCAAGAGAUUUAUUAUCCCAGAAAAUUUAUAGGACGGUAUGUAUUCUAUUUUUUUGUGUAUGUGUAAGUGAAACUAUGCUUGUGGUUGUAUUGAUAUACAGACAUUCAAAAUGAAUCUUAUUUUAGGUGUGAUCAUGUAAAGAAUGUAGUGCUGGUCCAAAUCAGAUUACAGCAUUGAGUGAAAGCAUUAACCUUUGAGACAUGAGAUAAAGUCAUGAUGCACAAAAUAAAGUGCUCAUUAAUAUACACUUG